CUUGCUGCUCCCAUGGCAGGCUGUGUAGGUGCACGCUUUCAAAGUUUGACUGGGGAAUAGAGGCAGCAGCGGAGACGGUAGCAGCAUCGACCCGUCAGGAAAUACUCACAUACAGCAAUCAUCAUCAACAAAGCAAGGGGGGAAAACCAGGACCCGCAGCUCCAUGCGAUAAGAACAAUAGGAGAGAUGAGUGAGCCGAUAGCCGAUUUGUAAAUGGAAAAGACAAGCAGGUUAAUGUAGCUCAGUGUUUGCUGGAAGGAGGGACUCCCCGGGCUGCAGCCUUCCCCUCAGCCAUGCCGCUUGUGUUCCGCACGCUGCUGUUCGCCUUUGUAACGCUGCUGGUGGUGCUUUUGAUCAUAGAUGAUAUUGCAGAAGUGGAGGAAGAAACUGCAAAAACUGGACACUCCAAGAAGAGCAACUUGCACCUGCUCAUUCCUAAACCACACAGAAAAUCUGCAGCACACGCCGACCCCACUGCUGUGACAAACCUGAGCAAAGACACAAACACUCUCAGUCCGAGCUGCAAUAACACUGCCAGGCUCUCCUCAAACAGCUGGACCUUCAACAAGACCCUCUCCAACCUCAUCAGGAAGAACAUUCUGAGAUUUCUCGACCCGGAGAGAGACAUCUCCAUACUGAAGGGCACGCUGAAACCAGGAGAUAUCAUCCACUAUGUAUUUGAUCGCCACAGCACCACAAACAUCUCAGAAAAUCUCUACCGACUGCUGCCAACUGCAUCCCCGAUGAAGAACCAACAUCACAGACGCUGUGCUAUUGUGGGAAACUCCGGGAUCCUGCUGAACAGCAGCUGUGGACCAGAGAUAGACUCUCACGACUUUGUCAUCAGGUGUAAUCUGGCACCGGUGGAGGAUUUCAAUCAGGAUGUGGGCUGGCGGACCAACCUGGUGACCAUGAACCCGUCGGUGGUGCAGCGGGCCUUCCAGGACUUAGUCAGCGAGGAGUGGAGGGGUCGGUUCCUGCAGCGUCUCCAGAGUCUGAGCGGCAGCGUGCUGUGGAUCCCGGCCUUCAUGGCUAAGGGAGGAGAGGAGCGCGUGGAAUGGGCCCUCCGUCUUAUCCUGCUGCACACCGUGGACGUACGCACCGCCUUCCCUUCGCUGCGGCUUCUCCACGCUGUCAGAGGGUAUUGGCUAACCAACAAUGUCCACAUAAAGCGUCCAACCACAGGGCUCCUUAUGUACACCAUGGCUACUCGUUUCUGUGAAGAAAUCCACCUUUAUGGCUUCUGGCCCUUCCCGCUCGACACACAGGGCAGACCGGUCAAAUACCACUACUAUGAUACGCUAAAGUACGAGUACACAUCCAGCUCCAGCCCUCACACCAUGCCGCUGGAGUUCAGGACCCUGAGCACUUUGCACAGACAGGGGGCACUGCGGCUCCAUACCGGGACCUGUGAUGAAAAGAGGGUACCUCAGACUCCAGAGCUCCAGAGCAAAAAGCAGAAAAGAGGGUCUCAGUAGAAAGAGCUUUCUUCCUGUCCUACUUUUAUGAAACUUGGAUUAACUUAUUUUCAGCAACUGGGAUGAACUUUUUUUCUAUUUUUGGCUCUUUUAGUGACUGGCGUGUUUUAAUGAGAUUUCUAAGGCAACCUUUCAAUGACAGCCUCUUUGUCUACACUGUCCACCAAGAUCCUGUUUUCAUUUGCCGGCCCAUUUUUUCUCUUAAAGAGCCAAUUCUGAGCUGUCACAGCCUCUUGUUUUAAUUUAUACAGCAAGUUCGCUGCAUUAAAGCUGUUGAAUGAAUUGCUCCUGUGAGUCACAGGUUGGGCCACAAGAUGGAAGCACUUAAUAAUCAGGGAGAACCAUGAGAAAAAGACAUAAAAAUGUUUCUGACAUUUAUUUUAAGACCAGUUAGAUUAGGAUCUUUUAAACGAGUUCAUGUGAUGUACAGCUUGUGAUAGCAUAUUUUCAUCCUAAGAAUACUUUGUAUCUUUUUAUCUAGCACCUUCACUGGUGUUCAUGGUAAAACAGGUCAUUUAUAAGCAAAAAGGUCCAGUCAACCAGAACUGCCAUGUGAACCCGUGAAGUAACCUGGAGUGAUAGAUGAGAGAAUGGAAGCAUGUGUGAGGAGAGCGGAGGAGUGUACCAGCUGUUCACAUAAGGGUGUUUACACAGACUUUUAGCUGACGGUUAACUCACUUUGUUAUCUUUUCUCAAAGAACACCAGCUCUGUUUCUACACUGGAGGAGGAGGAGGUUAGGUCAGACUGUAGUUGUGUUAUUUAUAGUGGUAGAGCUUUUUUAUUAAUGAAUGUAUUGGUGAUAUUCUUACAAAUGUAAUGUAAGAAAUGAGCCCCGUAAUGUGCUUUAGAUGAACCCAGAUUAACAGUUGGGAACUGUUUCAGUGCAGUAACACUGAAUCUGAAUACUGGUAUGCCUUUAUUCCUUUGAAACAAUGUAUGACUUAUACUUAUACUGUAUAUGUGUUGUGUGUUCUGGUCAGUAUUCAAGGUAUAUAAGUGGAUUCAGAUAUUUAAAGGUACUACUAAAGCGGCCUGUAUUUUGUGCCUCUGAUCAGUAAAUGUCCCUGUUGGAAACAAAUUAGACUGCUAGAAAUAAAACUGUAGGUUUAUCUUUUUGACAGGAUGGUAAAAAUGGAAAACGAUUACAUGAUUGUCAUAAUAGAGUCAGAGAAAACUCAAUUAAGUGUUUAUUUUAAGGCCAGUAGUCACAGACUAUCUUGUGAAACCAAUUCAUCAGUAAUGUUAGUCUGAAUUAUAUUUUUGGACUUCCAACCUUCAGCUCACUCAAAGUGUUGCAGUUACGUUUUUGAGUUUUCAGGUUCUUACACUUGAAUCUCAGCACAGUAUUUCUCUGCAGCAGAACGCUUCCUUUAAUCAAAAUUUACACAAACAUGUGAAAUAUUCUCAGAGCUCCUCUGCUGCUUAUUGAGUAGCCUCUCAUGCGCUUCCGGCCAUGUGAUUUGUUCAUAAAAGUGUUGUUUUGACAGUACACGCUUGUUGACUCGCAAUCUUGGCCUACUACGCUGCCAGUUAAGGUAAGAAUAAACAUGAAAGUUGCUGCAGAGACGUCAGCAGUCUGGAGCAAUGAAAGGUUUAUUUGUGCGAACUCAUCAGAGCUGGGCAAAAAUAGAAACAUUCUGUGACCAACACAAUUAAGUUAAUUAACCCAGAAUCUUGAGGUUGCCACAAGAUAGAAAACUUUCCACUGACAUGUUUCUGUUCUACUGUGAAACAGUGGAGAUGAGGCUGUGAGGAUUUAUAUAACACUUUGUCUUAUAUACUCUAUGUGAACAUUUGUUCAGUGUACAAAUACCUGCAAACAAAUGUAAGAUUUGCAUGUCUGUCUUGUCUUGAUACAUACAAUUGAAGUAUAUUUACUUUUUUGUAUUAGAAAUGUUUUAGAAUGACUCAAGGACACUUACAUCAUGUAGUUAUGACAAGGUGAAUGUACUUUUCUAUGUAUUUUCUAUGAUAGAAAAUACACAAAUGAAGAAGAAUGGAAAAAAACACCAUUUCCAGUGUCUCUUCUAAAAGGAUUUAUCCCUUCAAAGGGAGCACUUUUAUUUCAGUAGUGUCUUUAAAGACAUGGAAACAGCUGUGGGAACACUAAAUAUCCCUGUGUCAAAAACCAAGAAGGGGCUUUUUCUCUUAAUAAACUUCUAAAACAGUU